AUGGCCAUUGGUUCCCUUAUCUUAUUAACUGCCCUGACCUUUUGCUGUGGCUUCAACUUGGAUUCAGAGCAUCCCAAGAUCUUCCAGAUGGACAGAGCUGGAUUUGGACACAGUGUAGCACAGUUUGAAAGAUCCAGAGUUGUGGUUGGAGCCCCCCUGGAGAAGGGAUCUCUGAAUCAGACAGGACGCCUCUAUGAUUGUGAAUACAGCACUGGAAGAUGCCAGCCUGUCCUUCUACAGAUUCCAUCCAAUGCAGUGAAUAUGUCUUUAGGCCUGACUCUGAGUGCGACCAACAGUCCUUCUCAGCUCAUGGCAUGUGGCCCCACAGUGCACCAACUUUGUGGAAAGAUUCUCUUCCUGAAUGGUCUCUGCUUCUUACUGAAUUCCAGACUGCAAGUAGUCCAGAAGGUCCCUACUGCCCUUCAGGAGUGUCCUAAACAAGAAAGUGACAUUGUAUUCCUGAUUGAUGGUUCUGGUAGUAUUCAAAGAGAAGAAUUUCCAAGGAUGAAGGAAUUCGUCAGAACAAUAAUGGGUCAAUUCAGAGGAACCAACACCCUGUUCUCUCUGAUGCAGUACUCCAAUAACUUACAGAUUCAUUUCACCUUCAAUGAUUUCAAGGCUAUUCCUGACCCAGAAAUUUUGGUGAAUCCAAUUAUCCAGCUCAAGGGGUUGACCUAUACUGCUACAGCCAUUCAAAAAGUAGUGAAAGAAAUGUUUCAGAGCUGGAAUGGAGCUCGGAAGGAUGCCAUCAAGAUCCUAAUUGUCAUCACUGAUGGGAGGAAGGAAGGUGAUAGCUUGGAGUAUGAAGAUGUCAUCCCUCUGGCAGAGAGAGCAGGGAUUAUCCGAUAUGCAAUUGGAGUGGGGAAUACCUUUACCAGUCCGUAUGCUCUGCAAGAACUCAGGACCAUCGCCUCCCAGCCAUCACAGGAGCAUGUGUUUCAGGUGGAUAACUUCGAUGCUCUGAAAAACAUCCAGAACCAAUUGCAAGAGAAGAUCUUUGCCAUUGAAGGUACCCAGUCAGGAAAAAGUAGUGUUUUUGAGCAUGAGAUGUCUCAAGAGGGGUUCAGUGUUGUGCUUUCUUCGGCAGGGCCAGUGCUUGGAGCUGUGGGGAGCUUUGGUUGGUCUGGAGGUUUCUUCCUAUACCCCGAAAGUGGGGCCCCUGUGUUUAUUAAGACACAAAAAGAGGAUGUUGACAUGAGUGCUGCUUACCUGGGCUAUUCUAUGGAAAUGGCUUUUCAGAAUGGGGUUCAAAAGCUUGUCCUAGGGGCCCCUCGCUACCAACACAUUGGAAAGGUCAUCAUCUUCACCCAGAUUUCAAGGAGAUGGAAGCAAGCAGCUGAGGUCAAAGGGACACAGGUUGGUUCCUAUUUUGGAGCAACACUCUGUCCUGUGGAUGUGAACCAAGACCAAAACACUGACCUCAUCUUCAUUGGAGCCCCCCAUUAUUAUGAAGAAAACCGAGGGGGUCAAGUACAUGUCUGUAGCUUACCUACACAGAGGGCUCAAUGGCGCUGUGAGGCUACUAUCUGGGGACAGCAGGGACACCCCUUGGGCCGUUUUGGAGCAGCCCUGACUGUGCUGGGGGACAUAAAUGGUGAUCAGUUAACAGAUGUGGCUGUGGGAGCACCAGGGGAGGAAGAAAACCAUGGAGCUAUCUAUGUGUUUCAUGGAGUGGCUGGAUCCAGCAUCAAUCCCUCAUAUAGCCAGAGAAUUAUAGGCUCCCAGCUUUCUCCCAGCAUCCAAUAUUUUGGGCAGUCACUGAGUGGGGGACAAGAUCUCACCCAGGAUGGCCUCAUGGAUGUGGCUGUGGGAGCUCAGGGACAGGUACUCCUGCUCAGAACACGGCCCAUUCUCAGAGUUGCCAUUUCCAUGAAUUUUAUGCCCUUCGAAUUGGCAAGGUCUGUGUUUGACUGUCAAGAACAGGAAGCCACCAAUAAAGAUGCAGGGAGUGUCGAAAUCUGUUUUACUGUCCAGAAAAGCUCUCCAGACCAUCUGGGGGAGGUAGAAAGUUCUCUGGAUUAUGACCUGGCCUUGGAUCCUGGGCGUCUGACUCCUCGUGCCAUCUUUGAGGAGACAAAGAACCCAAUACUGCAUCGAGUUAAAAUCGUCAUAAGGCUUACAAAGCUUUGUCAGAACUUAAAGCUGUUGUUACCGGUCUGCGUGGUGGAUUCAGUGACCCCUAUCCUUCUUCGUCUCAAUUUUACCCUGGAGGGAAAGCCCAUACUCACUUCUGGGGGCCUCCGACCUAUACUGGCCAUGGAUUCUCAGAAAGUCUUUACUGCCUCGUUACCCUUUGAGAAGAACUGUGGCAGAGAUAGCAUCUGUCAAGAUGAUCUCAAGAUUAUGUUUAGCUUUCUGAGCCUGAAGACUCUUGUAGUUGGGAGCUCCUUGGUGAUGAGUGUUGCAGUUAGAGUAUGGAACCAGGGUGAAGACUCCUACAGACCCGAGGUCACAUUUCGCUAUCCUGCAGGCCUGUCCUACCGGCGGACAUCACAGAUACAGAGUCGGUCACCUCCAAGUUUGCUUCCUGUGACCUGUGAGUCAGGAAUAGCUGAGGAUAAGAAGCUAAGAAGCACCCUCUGUGGUAUUAGUCAUCCCAUCUUUCGGGGAGGAAGUGAGAUCAACUUUAAUAUAACAUUUGAUGUCUCCCCAAUGGCUUCCUUUGGAGACAAACUACUCUUCAAAGCUAACAUGACUAGUGAAAAUAACAUACCCAAGACCAGCAAGGCUGUCUUUCAGUUGGAGCUACCUGUGAAAUAUGCUGUCUACAUGGUGAUCAUCAGCCAUGAAGAAUCUACAAAAUAUCUCAACUUUUCAACCUCAGAAGAGAAGAGCACCUGUGUCGUGGAACACAAAUACCAAGUGAACAAUCUGGGUCAACGGAAUCUUCCCAUCCAAAUUGACUUCUGGGUCCCAGUGAAGUUGAACAAGAUAAUCAUUUGGGAUAAGCCUAUGUUUAACUCCUCUCAGAAUUUCUCGUGUACUAGAGAGGAAAAAGCCCCCAGAAAUGAUAACUUCUUUGCACAGCUCCAGAAAGCUCCUGUGCUGAAUUGUUCCAUUGCUGUCUGCCUGAAGAUAUCCUGUGAUGUCCCUUCCUUCUACAUUCAGGAACAACUCAGUUUUACCAUCAAAGGCAACCUCAACCUUGACUGGUUUAGGCAGACAAUUUAUAACAACCUAUUGGUUACAAGCUUGGCUGAAAUACUUUUUAAUGAAACCAGAUAUGCCCUACUUCCAAGACAGGAAAUGUUUGUAAGAGCCCAGACAGAGACCAAAGUAGAACGAUAUCAAGUUUAUUCUCCAAUUCCCCUCAUUGUGGGCAGCAGCAUUGGGGGACUGGUGCUCCUUGCACUCAUCACAGCUGGAUUGUACAAGCUUGGAUUUUUCAAACGUCAGUACAAGGAGAUGAUGAAUAGCUCUGAGGAAGCAGUACUGGACAUGGCUGUUCCUGAGUAA